UGCGCUGGGUGUGUAAAUAACGCAAAUUGCCCGACGUAUGAUCGAGGACAAAAUUACCAACAUGUUGACGUUGGCAAAGGCGUCCCUGGGCUACAGCUGCGAGUGAGACUCUUCGAUGGCAAUUCUCCAUCUGCAUUCGCAGACGCCGGCGAGGUUGGGCUUCUGGAACUCUCCGGCGACGUAGUAUUUGACGGCUACUUCAACGAUCGCGACUCUACUGCGGCCGCCUUCACAAGUGAUGGCUGGUUUAUUACUGGCAAUGUUGCUUGUGUCAACCACAACGCACAGUCAUCUGACACAGAACAAAUCGUCGUUGCUUACUUACCAUCGGUUGAGGACAAUGAUAUCCGAGCCCGGACCAAGACUCGCAAUAGGAUAGUCGAGAUUAUCGGCUUACAUAUGUCUUCAUCUGCCAUCGUUCUACCCCUAACAGCCGCUGAUCUCAAGCCAUCGGCACUAGGAAAGCUGCCCAAGAGGUGCGAUCAAGUCGGCUUUCGGGAAGGGCACGUACGCCCAGCAUCUCCAUAA